AAGAAAGAAGAAACCAAGGCUGCGCCCAAGCCUCCUUCCAAGUCGCACCUCAAACCUCCUCGGCAGGCGCCCUCGGCCUGGCAGCUCUUCUUUGCUGACGAGCUUAACAAGGCCAAGGCUGCCGCUGCGGCCGAGGCUGGUUCGACGCCAGGCGGUACUCCCAUCCAUCCCAAGCUGAAUGUCGCUCAGAUCGCCAAGGACGCUGGUGUCGCGUACGCCAGUUUGUCCGAGGAUCGCAAAGCUUACUACGCCCGCAAAGUCGAGGAGGGCAAGGUGCAGUACCAGAAGGACCUGGCUGCAUGGCAGGCUACCCUCACCCCUGAAGACAUCAAGACCGAGAACGCUUUCCGCGCACAGCAGCGAAAAGAUGGCAAGUCGCGUAAGGGCAACCUCAAAGAUCCGAAUGCGCCCAAGAAGCCUCUGUCGGCUUACUUCUUGUUCCUCAAAGGUAUCCGCGAGAAUGACGACCUGCGCAAGUCUGUGUGGGCCGACGAGGCUGAAACGACGCGUCAGAGCGUGCUUGCUGCCGAGAGGUGGCGUGGCCUUUCUGACGACGAGAAGAGGCCCUACUUGCAGCAGGCCGAGAAAGACAAGCAAGAAUACGAAGCGCUGCGCAAGAUUUACGAAGACGAUGCGGCUGCC